GAUCCAUCUUGGACCUUGCCUAUAAAAUGUCAGUUUUUAUUAUUUCAUGUUGUACCGAAAAUCAUACCCUUCAUAAUCUCCUUCAGGGCACCUUUGGUGGAUUUGCGCGCCUUGAAAGACUUGUGCGCCACCUUAGUGGUGCUCCUAUGGGAGUGACCAACAGUUGCAGGCAUCUUGCCGCUGCCUCCGGCUUUGAAUCUGUACGGUAAAUUUAAUGAGGCCACCUUGACGUGCAGAAAAUCGUGUACUGCUACAGAUUUUGGAGGGGCGUCAACGUGGGGAAGUCCAGUCUCUGUCCAAAAAAUUAUUAUCUGUGCGCGGGUCGCUGCCCGAUAAGAGCGAUUAGAUCCCUCGAAAUCUUGGCAACCAAAAAAGUUAACAAUCCAGCCUCUUCCUUGCGACGGGAGCCACACGAACAUUUCUCAAAACCACGCCGUUUACGAUUCCGAUAUGUCGGACGCUGUAGAUACAAUUGACAAUACGGUCACGGAGGUCAGCCCGAAUAAUGCUGGCCCGAUAAGGACGCAACGCACUCCGGCUUUCGGAAAAGAUCAAGUGUCUCAGCUGCGCAGGCGGCAAGAGGCGCAACGAGACUAUGGCCGCGGUCGCAGAAUACCCGUGAAGGGAAUUAAAGACAAGAAAUUACGAGGAAAUCUCAAGCUUCUUGAGAGCAAAUACAAAAAUGCGACAUUGAAAGCGAAGGAUGCCGAGAUCCUGCUCGAGAACGAGGGCGGGUUCCUCGAACCAGAAAAUGACCUCGAAAGGACGUACAAAGUCAAGCAGGACGACAUCAAGGGCAGCGUAGCGCUCGAAACGGCGAAGAAGGGAUUUGAGUUGAAGUUGGAUAGCCUGGGACCAUAUGUGUUCGACUACACGAGGACUGGAAAGGACUUGCUCCUUGCUGGAAGGAAAGGUCAUGUCGCAACAAUGGACUGGCGCGAUGGGAAGCUCGGAUGCGAGCUGCAACUCGGCGAGACAGUUCGAGAUGCAAAGUGGCUGCACAACAAUCAAAUGUUUGCGGUUGCGCAGAAGAAGUAUGUCUACAUUUACGACAGCCACGGAGUUGAGAUCCAUUGCUUGAAGAAGCAUAUCGAGGUCACCAACAUGGAGUUCCUCCCAUACCACUAUCUAUUAGCUACGGUGGGUAAUGCUGGAUAUCUCAAAUACCAAGACACAUCAACUGGUCAGGUUGUCAUCGAAAUCCCAACCCGCCUUGGAUCCCCCACCUCGCUCAAACAAAACCCCCACAACGCAAUCCUCCAUAUGGGGCACCAAAACGGAACCGUCACACUGUGGUCGCCCAAUUCUACCACUCCUCUUGUUAAACUCCUUGCUCAUCGCGGACCCGUCCGCUCGAUAGAUAUCGAUCGUGAGGGCCGCUACAUGGUAUCCACUGGCCAGGAUAUGAAGAUGUCCGUGUGGGAUAUCCGCAUGUUCAAGGAGGUUAACAGCUACUUCACCCGCCGACCCGCUUCUUCCGUAGCUAUCUCAGAUACUGGCCUCACGGCAGUCGGCUGGGGGACGCAAACCUCGAUUUGGCGCGGCCUAUUCACCAAGCACGCUCUGGACCAAGAGAAGAUCCAAAGUCCAUAUAUGGCUUGGGGCGGCGAAGGUAAGAACAUCGAGCGGGUUCGUUGGUGUCCAUUUGAAGAUGUCCUCGGUGUAUCUCACGACGCCGGGUUCUCUUCGAUCAUCGUACCAGGAGCCGGAGAGGCCAACUACGACGCUCUGGAAAUCAACCCAUACGAGAACACCAAGCAGAGACAGGAGACCGAAGUCAGGACACUGCUCAACAAGCUGCAGCCAGAGAUGAUCUCGCUCAACCCCGAAUUCAUCGGAAACCUCAACCUCCAGACUGAUGAGCAGCGCAAGGCUGAGAAGGAUCUGGAUAAGGCACCAGCUGAGCUUUUGGCUGGUGUCAAGAAUAGAGGGAGAGGCAAGAAUAGCAGUCUGAGGAAAUACCUCAGGAAGAAGGGUGGCAGGAACAUCAUCGAUGAGAAGAAGCUCAAGAUUAUGGAACUGAGGAAUAGCCAGAGUGAGAAGAGGAUCAAGGAGGCGGAGCAGGAACUGGGACCUGCACUGGGUCGCUUUGCGAAGAAGGGAGGCGCCUGAGUUUGGCUGUAAUAUCCGUUGGUAGAUUUUCAGCUUCUCGGCUUAGCAUUGUUUGGCGUUAUUAGGGGUGGGUUAGGAAGGUAUCACUUGGGAUAUUGCUGCCUUCAUGACAAAGGCAUAACAGGAAGAAUGACUGCGAGUUAGUUUUAAAUAAUAAG